AUAUCAGGGGAAGUAAUUUUAGCUAUGGCUGUUUAUUUGCCGAGAAAGCCAGCAAAGACACUCAGAACCUUUUAUUCCUACGGUGAUGGAUAUCCAGUUAAUUCCAUAUUCGGCAUUGAGAUUCCUUCAAUAAGCCAAAAAUAUGUUCUACACGAAUAGGAUCAGAAAGGAUAUCACCACUAGUAUCUCUUGGCCAUGUGAAUAAUAAUAAUUCUGUAUAUAUCGAACUUGAAUUAAAGAGCCUGCGAACAACUAAUGAAAAAGGAUCUUCGGUCUUCAUACGGGUCCUAUUAUAUAUCUUUAAAGUCAAGGCAAKCGUCAUUGCUACCUUUUUCUUUUUAUUAUUGCCUUUGUCGCUUUACAGUCUAUACGCCGAGAAAUCAAGAAAAGGAUGGGUUAAAGAAAGGAUUGCAUCUUCACUUAUGGAUGGAGCAAUACCAACCCUACUCCUCCAUCCAAGGAAUGUUUGUGUAUUUACCCAACGACAGUUAUUCAUGUCUUCAGUAAUUGAUGGAUGGAUAGGAGCAAUACCAUCCCUACCCCUCCAUCCAAGGAAUGUUUGUGUAUUUACCCAACAGCAGUUAUUCAUGUCUUCAGUCAUUGAUGGAUGGAUAGGAGCAAUACCAUCCCUAACCCUCCACCCAUAGAAUCUUUGUAUAUUUAAUCUGCCAUCAACGGUUUUCCAUGUCUUCAGUCAUUGAUGGAUGGAUAGGAGCAAUACCAUCCCUAUCCCUCCACCCAAAGGAUCUUCUUAUAUUUAGUCUGCCAUCAACGGUUUUCCAUGUCUUCAGUCAUUGAUGGAUGGUUAGGAGCAUUACCAUCCGUACCCCUCCWCAAAAAGGAAUCAUUGUGUGUUUAGGUUAUAACCCUUGGGGGAAUCAAGUUCUUCACUCGUGCCUUUAAAAAAUACAUCACUAUCUUAUCAUCCAUUUUUCUUUUGUGAAAAUUCUGAACGCAAGAGUAAAACGUUUACUACCUCCUGUGAUGUUCAUUUAAAAAAAGAGUAUUUUGGUCGACCUCAUAUUGUGUAAUUCAGCUUGCACCAUUGUGGCAUUUUUGGAAUGACGUCGACCUUUCCCCAAUUCGCUUUAGUGACUUCAAAAAAAUUAUGGCUCCAAAUCAAGGGGUUGAACUUCAGUUGAUAAAGAUAGUAAAUGUAUGAAAACAUCAAAUCCAACCCUGACUUGGAGCGAUCGUUUCAUGAUCACUAAAGCGAAUAAGAGAAAGGUCUUUUGUAGAACGUUGGAAUGGCCAGAUUUAAAUGACAUCAUUAUUCAAUCAUUGUCACUAUCCAAAAGAUCAUUCGUGAGGAGCUUUCCAAUUUAUAUCUUUUUGAUGACGAGGAUCACUAUCAUGGAGUAUUCUGAAGCCAUGUUAUACUGGGUAUUACCUAUACAUUAACACAACGUCCACAUCUCAUCAUGAGUUCACCGCUUUGGCACCAGUCUCUACUCAACCACCAUUUCCCCCCUCAUUUCGGUUCAGAGGCGGGGUUAUACUACGAUGAGUCCCAGUCUUCGCGCAGCUGCUACAUCUCCUUGGACUCUUUCUCAGUGAAAUGGUCUUAAGUGUUGUCACUUGCAAGAUAUUUGAAGCAAGUUAAAUGGAAACUCAUUGCUCCUGAAAUCAAAACGCAAGAUUAUUCACUUGUCCGCCCUCCAGACGGGUUCCCUGUGUCGUACCUCGCAUGCAAUCCACACGUGACGGCUUGGCAAAUUGGAACUCAGUAAGGGAGAUCAGCACCAACAAGAACUAUCGACUUCCACGCCUCAAAGCAUUAUUUUGCCAUCCAUUAUGUCUUCCAAACCUGAGGGAUUCAUUAGCAGAACGUCUUCAUUCCGGCUUAGAUUUACUGAGUACACCAAUGGGGUACUUAGACCUUGAUGACGUAUCAAACACGUGGGAUGUUUUGAUAGUGGAAUAGCUUUAUACUUAAUCGUGCUCCUAGACCAUUUGUAUCAUUUGCGCCUUGGUGUUCUUAUAAUCAUGCACACGGCUAACGCUCUGAGUUGAUUUCAAUUAAAGACAUGGGAAAAGCGGUCUAAAACGGACACUUAUGAAAGAGGUAAUUAUCCUCAAUUGGCUUCUAACAUUGGUGUGGUUGCACCCUUUUUAACUGAGUUUCCUCAUUUAAACGUCGCAGAUAUUAUGGUGUCAUCUGGAUCGAAAAUGAAGGGAAAAUACUUGCAACUCAAUCGUAUUUCUCAAGUUAUUUCUCAGUUUUUAAAAUCUGCUUCAAUACCAAGAUAGCAUUUGUUACUUCACAAACUUGAGAAAAUUUCAAGAAACUGGGAUGGUUAAAGAACAACUCAAUAUAGUCUGAAAGGCAAGGAUCAAGGCGUGCCUUUGGUUUUCUGCUCAAGGGUUUUCAAUCUUGAUUUCCAUCAACCUGAAGGUUUUUGUUUUUAUCUUGCAAGAAAUUGUCUUCCAAUGGAUCGACUGCUUUUUAAAAAUCUUAAAGUUAAAUGGAUGGGCCACUAGACCUCAAUAGCAUCUCUUCGUUCAGUAAGUGCCAUCAUAAAAUGCUUCAACAAAUCCUGGGAAAACUGCAUAUUUCACUGAGCAUCGACUUCAAACAAAGGAUCUAUGUUGCUUGUUCUGGCUUAAUCUAAAAUUCAUGUUCAUGGAAAAGAAAAGCAUCAGUUUUACUCUUUUUAUUCAAGAAUAAAAGGAAGGAGAUCACUUUCAUUGCUUCUAGAGGAGAAUUACAUAAGUACUUCACAGUAUAGAUGGUAAAAAAAAAAGAUCAUAAGAGGAAAAAUAACGACACAAUUCAACAGAUAUAAGGGUAGCCUUUCAAGCUCUGCGACUCACUCAGUGGCAAAACAGAAAGCUUCUGUGAAGCUUUCUAUUACUUCCGAUUUCCUGCUCUGGCAAGCAGCACACCGGUGACAAAAUGGACAAUAUACCAAAACAAUUUGCUUCAAAGUACUUUAUCUCUCAUAAUGCAUAAUUGGUAAAGCCAUUCAGAGGCGAUCAUCAACGAACUGAGCUCUCGUUUCCUUUGAAAAUUACAUCGCAAAAGUAUUGUUCUCCUUCGACUAAUUAUCCAGAGCAAUCUGYCUUUAAAUCUCCAUUUAACAGUCACGUGAACGGGCCUGAAACUGCUUUAAAAGUUGUAAUUUAGUUUGGCAAUGAAUCAGACAAUCUUUCAGCAUGCAAAGAAGCAAGUCGUCGUCCUUCUCCGUCGAGUCUCUUAUCUCGGAUUCACCGGACAAGAUGGUAGACAAAGCAAUGACAUUACCGCUCUCACAUGUCGCGGGUCCCCACGACACAGCUCACUCGCCUUAUAGUGAAAACGAACUGGAUUUGGGCCGUAAAGAUUUAUCAUUUCAUUCAGGAUUACCGGCCAACGAUGAGGAAUUGAAAGGAAACAACAUUGAAGAUUCUAUGACACAGCAGACAGGAGUGUCAAGCAACAACGAAACGACUCGAACGCGACGAUAUCGAACAGCGUUUACUCGGGAGCAGCUCAACAGACUGGAGAAAGAGUUUGUAAGAGAGAACUAUGUAUCAAGGACUCGACGAUGUGAGCUUGCAAAUGCUCUCAAUCUCUCUGAAACUACCAUCAAGAUAUGGUUCCAAAAUAGACGAAUGAAAUCAAAGAGGCGUCGAAUGGCCAUGGGGCUUAAAUCGGUAUCCUCAUUAUGUUCCUCUGGGCAYUUACAAGCUGAUGGCCCAGGUACGGGGCACUUUUAUGGGGGACUUCAUUACGUGCCUUGGUCUUACCCAAUGAGUACCCCUCUUUGGUCCCACAGUGGACACUUUCUCCAUAAUGAUCCUUGCCAUCACAUCCACCAGAAUCCAAAUAGUACGAUGACGYCACAUAGGUCACAUGAUACAAGACCAGUCACGUGUGUUUAUCCUUGGAAUACGAAUCAAGUGCGUGAAAAUACAGARACGCAUCACACGGAAUAAAGAACUUUAAAAAAGGAACUCUAAGCAAUCUUUACAGGGUCUUUACAGUUAAUUCAGUACCAAUUCUUUCAGUGCUUCGCUUUUUUUCCCUAGAGAAUAUUAGUUAUGUUCCAUUAAUUCAGCUGUUGAACGCGACAUUUAGGCUAAUUAUUUUCUAAUCACUUCUUAUUUMUAAAUGUAAUACUUCAUUUUCACAAAACGUAUGGUGCUUACAUUACACGAAGAAUCAAAAACACAUUCCUUUCAUGCCAAAAUUGUCUUCAUAGACAACAUUCUUGUGUUUGGAUGAAUUUCUGAAAGACAGAGGAUAAGCAAUUUCAAUUACGGCUUGUCAUGYACGUGCUCAGUCAGGACCGUAUGCUUCCUACUGAUACGAAAACCGCUACAAACUAGUACUUUCCCUACUUCACAACUAUACUAAAAUAGAGAAAGCGAGAAAGAGAUGGCAACUAGUAAAAAAGAAAGGUUUUUUGAUCAAACGCCGGGUUCAGUUUUAUCACAGCUAACYGGCAGGCGUGUGGUAUGUGUGUUCUUGUUCUAUAUAUAUAUAUACUAGUUUUUCUCGUUCUAAAAAAAAACUAGAAUUAAUAUAGAUGAAAUAUUAGAUAUACGAAUGAGAUAUGCUUGUCAUUCGAUAUGUAUAGACAGCCACUUAGUAUAAUGUACAUAUUUUUUCUAUAUAUCUUUUGUGUGGCCUAGUUUAUAGAUUAAAAGAGAAAGAAAAACUCAUUCAAGCUGA